CUGGACUUCCGGAGAAUUAACCCGCGCGUUUCGAAAAGUCGUACAGAAGUUGCAGUAAGGAAUCUUUAAGUUAUAGGGACGUAUAGGACAAAAUGGUUUGGGACGUUGUGAAUGCUAACUUUGAAGGAGAUGAAACAGUGAAUUUUGGGCCAAGGAAGGAAUCUGGUAUAGCCCUGUAUCAGAUUGACACAAUAGCAACUGUUUCCCCCAGGAAAGAGACUGUGGUUCAGAAUUCCCCUCGCAUUGUGACGUCCAUACUUGGAGAACUAUCAUGCAUUGCUGUGGAAAUGCAUGCAUCCAUUUUCAAGGACUGUCAAUUUUCUGGCACACUGGAAUUAGAGUCCCCGGUGGAGGAGAUGGAGUGGAGUCCAGAUGGUUGUCUGCUGGUCGUCGGGGACAUCCAGGGCAAAAUCUUCGUGAUUAACUCUGAUACCAUGGAGACUGUCUAUUCAACUAGAGUGUGUCAACAGGGGCCCGGAGGAAAUGCCUUCAGCAGAAUUGCUUUCUACAGCAGAACUGAUGUUGAGUAUGACCUGUUAAUCCUGAGCAGCAAUGGACAACUGAUGGUUCUGUCCAAAUUGACACCAGACAUUUUCCUAUCUGAAGACAAAGGCAAAACAGCUAUGUCAGUUAAGGACAAGAUGACGAUUAUCCAGACAGCAGAACAACACACGGAGGGAGUGACAGAUGUCAUCACCAUCGGGGACACCAUCAUUACUAUGGGUUGUGGGAAUCGCAUCCUGGCUGUCUGGGAGUUUGAUAAUGGAUGCCUUCAGCUGACUGACGAAGUCUGCAGUAACAUGUUAAAUGGUGCUGGAAUUCUUCAAGGAAAAGUAACAACUGAUGGAGUCCACCUCUUCCUACUUGACUGUAAUCACACCCUGAGUUUAUGGAAUCUACCCAACCUUACACUGUUAAAACAGUGGCGAGAUCUAGAUGUGGAACAGUUCCAGCUUCUGGAGACGAAGGAUGUCAAGGACCAGAGCUUUGAAGGUAUGAAGCUUGUGAUUCUCACCAUGACUAAGGACUGGAGAAGUACUUUAAUCAUCCAGAACCUGCCAGACUGUCAAAACAUCUACACUCUACAACUCAAUGCCCCAUCUGUCAUCUCCAAGUGUCUCACUAUUCAGGAAACCUUGUAUGUUGCGGAGUGUUGUGGUGAGCCAAGCUCUCCAGAAUCUGUGUCAACAGUAAGGUUCCGAUGUCUAACAGAGACAAACCCUCAGACAAGGUUGUAUCGUAUAUUACACAAGAAUCAGUUUGAAGAGGCUGAGCAAUUUGCCAAGAUAUUCGGACUCAAUACUGAGAUUGUGCAAAAGAAGAAGUUGGAACACUUGCUGGAACAGCUGUCACCAUGGAAUGUGAUGAAGUAUGGGGAAGACAAGAUUACAGAGAUGAUAGCACAGCUUUGGAUAUGUAUGGACCUUAUCCAUGAUGACCCUCAUGUGUGUGAACUGGCUAUGAGGUCUACCUUGCCACAAAUGGACACCACUAGAAAUUUGUUGUCUUACUGCAGGAAAAGGCUUGAAAAGUAUGCUAAAUCCAAAAUUGAUGAGAGUGACAAAAAAAAUCAACAGAAACUUAUGAGCAAGUUGGUGGAUAUCCAGAACAGAUUGAUUACAUUUGGUGUAGCCUUUGGAGAGGAAAAGUACAGUGGAGAAAAGUGGGAGGUUUUCCUGAAGGCAAACCUACUACAACAGGCCAUCAUGCUGUUUGAACAGAGAAAUCUGUUGGCUGGACUGGUUAUAUGGAUUAGACAUGAGGCUGAAUGGCAAUCUAAUCUGACGACAUCACUGACCAGCAAAGUGUUGUCAUGGUUACCAGAACAAGUAACAGCCAAGGAGGUACUGGGUCUGAUGAGAGAUACACUCAUCCCGUCUAUAUCCAGGUUACAUCCAGACUCAUUGGCACUUCUGAUCCAUUGGAUUAUACAGAAGGCAAAGAACAUGGAACUACAGGAGAAGGCUGCCUGGCCUAUGAAUGCCAUCACUUUUCUCAAGUCCAUCCAUAAAAGCUUAUGCCGAGUAACAAAAAUUAGCCACUCGGACUUUCUGUGUACAGCUUCUGACAUGGCCUACAGGACCAGCCUCGACCCAGCAACUAUCACCGAGCCUAUACAUGUCCUCAUUAAUAACCUGAAACACCUGCAUGACCUUCACACCAAGUACAGGUGUAAACUCACCUAUGGCCAGUUUAUACAGGAAACAACAGAAAGCGUUACAUUCCGGAUGCUGGAUGAAGUGGUAGCGGUGGAGUUGAUGGACCAGACAUUGGACACAUACAUCCGACCCUACAUGAGGGAGCAUGGGCUGAAAGAAGACAACAUAUUCUCCCAGUACAUCAAGGAUCUACUUGAGCGGGUUGGGGCAGUUACUACAUACCGCAGUGAAACUCCAUGGGAGGCCAAAGUUAUCGCUGUCACCCAUCGUAUAUCAGGACCAGAGGAGAAAUGUUAUGCUAUCACAGAGGCGAUGAAGUGGGCACCCAUCCCAUGGAGUAAGGAGAUUGACAAACUCGUCAAAGCUGGACUUGAGCUUAACCACCCGAAAGUGGUUCAACUCCAGAAGCAAUGUCACAUUGUGGAGGUGAAGAAGUUGAUGCUUAAGUAUGGUCUCAAGAAUAUGGCUGUACCUGACCGCAGCAAUGCUGACAAACUUCUGUAUCUGAUGCUGGGCCACAACAGUGAGGGAUGUAUGGAGGACGCUCUGUGUGUAAUGGAGUCUUACAACAUCAAGAUGGAGAAAGAUCUUUAUAUCUUUAGGCUCAGAAUCCUUGUCACCAAAGACAAGGUGGAGGAGGCUGUAGGCUUGCUUAAGUCUCUGUCUAUGGACAUGGCCUACACCUGUGGCCUACGGAUCCUCAACCUAGUCAAGGUGGUCCUUAACGACAUGCUUGUCAUUGACCAACAGGGAAAUGAAAAAAUGAAACGACUCUUUACAGAAGCAGGAAUGUACAUAGCCAGACAUUUACUUACCUUCACAAAUGAUUACUUGGAAGCCAAGGAACUGAAGGGUCUCCUAGCUAACCUGCAGUGUCUGAGGGCCUUACAGGUUGAGUUUGGAAAGCAUCUGACACUUGCAGAAUUUGAGGAUGAGGCUUUCAGGAAUUCAACCCUUGUUGUCCAUGUAACAGAGUUCUACCUACAGCGAUCACAGGACGAAAGUGGAAGCAACUUUGCCAAAAUCUACAGACUAGCGGACAUUCUUCGUAUACCUAAGAUACGAUUACAGGGAGAGUUAGCCAUAGAGGCAGCAAGGACUGGGGAGGUGCAGGCUGCUCUCAAAAUGUGCAGGGAACUGUUCGAGUCUGACCCAUCGGUCGAGACAGCGGACAUGUUGUACAAAGUAGCCAUGGCCUUUGUCCAUCUACAGGCCAAUGCAGAGAACAACAAUGUGAGCGUCAGUCGUCUACGGGAUCUGCCCAACAUCACCUACAGACUGGCCUGUCAGUCUGCCUCUGUCUGCUCACCAGACCAACUUGUACAGUGUUUGGAGCUGUGUACAGCUGCCGAGUUGAGUCUGUCAGUAAACAACCAGUGUGAGGCUGGGGAACACAGCAUGGGGUUAGAGGAAUGGUACCCAGAUAUGCAGUCACCAGGUGACCAACUGACUGAUGACAAGUUUGACACAACAUUUAAGGAGGAUGCCUUAGUGAUGAAUUCCAGUGUUAUUAUGCCUUUGGUCAGCCAGUACCAGCUGACCGCUAGUGUCUUGGCCAGACAAGAAUCUUGUUGCACAGAGGAGGAAGAGAAUGGCACAAUGUUGCCCAUACAGAAGAUGGGUCGCCAUAUUGUACCAGUCCUGCAGCAUCUCAAAGACAACAGUCACAUGGAGUUAGCAUACAGAUUCUCCAUUCACAUGCUGUCACGUUCCACUGAACACGUCACACAGUUUGAUAUGGGCUUACCACACAGGACAGAUGAACUGUCUAAACUGGCAGAGGAGCAGCAGGCUAUACUGAGGGACGUGGAGAUGAUGGCCGGCCCCUGGAUCAAGACCAUAGUCACUGCAGUUCUGAUGAAGAUAUUUAACAGCCAGAAUAUUGACCAGAGCCUCGGCAUGAUGUACAUGGCAAGCCGCACAAAGAGGGAGGGAGAGGAGUCCUUAAUGAAGAUUAUACGAUCUACAGGACACAACUACAAAAAGCUCAAGGCUCUAGCUAAAGUUGGCAUUGCAAUUGGCCAGCUUCAUCAUGAACCCAAUUUGAUAAAAAUGUGUGAAACACUGGAGAAAAAUGCCACGUGGGGUCACAGACUUGGCAAAAUCAAGAUAAGUUUCAAAGAAGCUUUCCAGAAACCAUCUUCAGAGAAGAUCAAGCUGCUGCCCCUGAUUGCCCAGUGUGAGGCAGCAGACAUGUCACUGGUGAAGGACUUCUGUAGUGACUUUAACUUGGACCAGGAUGAAGGCCUACUGCUGUUCCUCGACCACAUGUUCACGUUACCAGACCAUGUGACUCUAGGCGUGUUGGCCAAGCGGUCACUCCUAGCUAAGGCUCGUGCAACCAUUCAAGAAAUCAAGGAAGACCAUAUUCUUCUGAACAAACUCCAGAUUAUCUACAAAAAGACUGAUGCAUAUGACUAUGAGACCCUAGAAUUUCUCCUGAAUGAAAUGCAGAAUAUAGACCGAGAUCCUCAAAGAGAAACCAGUUUGAAGCUGUUAAGUUACCUGAAGGUGUAUAUCCGUAGAAAACCCCCAGCAGAGUAUGAGUUACGCUACCAGCCUGAUGGAGAUAAGGAAGAUCUGAGGAUCAUUAUGGACAUGCUGCCACCAAACAGCAAGACGAGACUUCCUCUUCACCCGUUCAACGAGGGCGAGGCAUGGAAAAUCAUCACACCAGAACUGGAGAAAGAAACAGUGAUGACUUGGCUGCCCAUUGCUGACCUGUUGAAGCUAUCCGCAGACCAGAUCUACAUUGUGACUGUCCAGAACAUGGUGCGCAAACAUGUGCAGCUGAACAAGAAGCCAGCGGUGGGCAGUGCAGCAAUCAUGGACAAGAGCCUAUGGAACUGGAAUGUAAAGGAUGCCAACUUGUCGCUGCUCAGCGAUGUCCAGAUGCUGCUGAGGAACGUGUCCAAAUGUGAGCUGGCCCUGGCCUGUGCUAGCUGGAUGGUUAAAGAACUCCCACUUGGUGCUGAGAAGGUAGAGGCUCUACAGGGAUGUAUUCGCUAUGCAGAGUUGUGGCAUAGAGCUGUUAAAGACAAGACGACAGAGAAAGAAAAAGCCAUGAAUGCCUUUGUAAAGUUUACUGGGAUGUGGCAGAGACUGGCGACAGAGCAGGUUCUCUUCGUAUAUAAGGUGGCCGAGACUGAACUCGUAUCACUGGCAGGCAACCCCAACAAACUCCUUCUCAAGUUGUACGAACACAACAGCAUCGUCGACCAGGAAAUUGCAGAGAAGGACAAACCUGACAUCCACAGGAUUGCCGAGGACAUAGCCAGUAUUCAUAACGUAGACCUGGAGCAGCUUCGACUCUCUCUGCUGUACAGAUGGCUGCCAUCCGUCAAAUCCAAACAGGGGGGCUCAGACUCGACUGUGACAUUUAGUUUUGAUCAACUUAACCUGGGAGAUGAGACGAUGAUGUCCGCAGAUGACGAUGAUGAGGAUGCUAAUCUCAGAAGAGUGCUGUAUAUACUGCAGAGAGGAUCGAGAGAGAAGAAUGCCAUGUUCUUGUUUGAGUUUGCAUUUAAGGAAAAGAAGAUGGAGGAAGCUUGCAACAUCACGAACAUGUGUCGUGUGCGAGCUCUGCGCUGUCUUCUGCAGAUAGGGGACAAAGCUGCCAUACAGAAAUUGUUCCACAAAUCUCUGGAUCAAGUAAGACACAUGAUGAGGAUGAUGCUGUACUUGGUGGACCUGGAAAAUCUCCAUAUCCUCCACACAGUACAGAGUUUUGAGGAGGCCAAUAAGGAGGGACUUAUCAAGGGUAUCUGGAGGAAUCAUCGCCACCAAAAAACUGCAGCCCUGCUGGUGGCUUCUCUGUGCCUCGACUACAACAUACACGACCUCCAGCUCUGGACCAGUGUGCUGCAACAACUACACUCAUUCCAGCUGUUGUCUCCCCUGGAAUACGUGCUGAAGAGACUGGCUAGUGUUGUGAAGAUGAGACAGAUACCUGUGCUUCCCAAUCUUUGGCAGGUCAUCCUCUCUACUCCCUUAACUAAAGUUGCUGUCCACUUGACUCUCAGCCAAACAGAGCUGUGUGUGCGAUACUUCAACCUCAUCCUUCAUUGCCCAGUGUUGAUAGACAUCGACUUGUUGUCCUUGUCCAGACAUUACCAGAAGCUGGAAAUGCCAUCCUGUGCACUCGGCUGCCUGCUGCUGGCCAAACAUUUACAUCAGGACCAUAUCAAGGCCUACUUGUCGGAGGAUGCUGUGGGAUUACUAGAAAACGCCAAACACCUUCUCAACUUUGGUCUAGAUCAGUCCACCUUUCAAAGCAUCGUUACUCUGUCACAAGAUCUCAUCUAAACAAGCAAUAGCUACAUACA